AUGCUGCCAACUCGAAUGCGCCGGCCCGCGCACUCUAUCCUUGCCUUCCGUUCUCCCCGAAGCUCGAUCGCCCGGGCAAUCAAUACGCCAUGGUCUCGAUUUGCCAGUAGCCGAGCACCGAAGCCAGAUCCGUCCUCACACUGGCUCCGGAACUCUCUCGGCUUUGCUGUGACGGGAACUGCGGCCUUUCUGGGCUACUCAUACUUCGCUGAUGGGGGAAAGGAACCUUGGUUGACCACUCCGGAGGUCAAGAAGGAGGCUAUUGAUGUCAAUGAUCUUCGUGCCCAAUUCGUUCAAGAGAAACGGAGUCUUAAAAGCCCUGCGGUUUAUACCUGGGGCUCAAACGUUUAUAAAGUGGUGGAUCCAGGAUCCAAAGACACUGACAUUAAGACUCCUCGGCGGUUCAAAUACUUCAACGGCCAAGUUUUAAGAGAUCUCAAGAUUGAGGAAAAGUCCGGUGCAGCGAUUACCGAGAAAGGAGAUUUGGUGCAAUGGGGCCAAGCGUUCUCCGAGACAGACUUCAAGCCUACGGAAACCCUCACAGGCAAGAACCUCACAUCCAUUGCGAUGUCCGAAAGUCGAAUCAUUGCUCUGUCCUCGGACGGAACUGUUUACUCUCUGCCUCUGUCUAAAGCAGAGCAGAGCACUGGUCCAAAAUCACGGGAGAGCUCUUGGGUUCCUUUCUGGGCUAGCAACUCUAAGCUGAGUUACCGUGUGCUCAGCCCAUCCUUGAAGCUAGGCGAAAAUGUCACUACUAUUAGUGGUGGUAAUGAGCAUGUACUUCUUCUGACAAGCUCCGGUCGCCUUUUCUCCGCAGCGUCAUCUACCGAGAAUUACCCAUCCCUGGGUCAGCUUGGUGUCGAGGGACUCACCUGGUCUACCAGACCCAAGGGAGCAGCAGAUCAUUGCCAUGAAAUCACAGCUUUCAAAGGUGCUAAAAUUGCUCAGAUUGCCACAGGCGACUACCACUCACUCGCGCUGACCAAGGAUGGUCGCAUAUUUGGCUUCGGCGACAAUUCAUUUGGCCAACUGGGAGUGGACUAUGAACCCGAGCGGUCCUUCAAGGACAAGCCUUGUGCUUUGCGGGUAGACAAGCUCUACAGAAGAAACAUGUACGAGCCAAAGGCUACCAGCAUUGCUGCAGGCGGGGCCAACACCUUCUUUACUGUUGAUGUUAAGCGUAUCUUGGGCUCUGGGGAGGAAGCCGCCGACUUUCGAGAUCUUGGAAAUGUGACUGCAGACACAUGGUCCUGUGGCCGGGGAAUCUGGGGUACCCUGGGUAACGGCAGAUGGGUUCACGUACAGGAUUCGCCCACCAAAGUCAAAGCCUUGAGUGGAGUAAGCGAGUUCGACGAGAAGACAAACCAGGUCAUACCCAUCCGCAUCCGAGCCAUGUCUGUGGGUACCACUCAUGUCUCCGCCGUUUUGGACAACAAGGUCAAUGUCGACAAAAAGACCAAGGAGACCUUGGACCAAUCCAAGGACUAUGGCUACGACGUCGUUUGGUGGGGAGGCAACGAGCACUUCCAGCUUGGAACUGGCAAGCGAAGUAAUCAAUCCAAGCCGGUUUACAUCAACGCACCUCCUGAGAACAAGAAUCAGGAAGAAGCGCGACUGCAAAUCAUGCCCAAUCACAAAGGCAAGGUUGGGAAGCGCAAUGUGAACAUGGAGCAGCGUGUUGAAUGCGGGCGUCACGUCUCUGCCCUCUACUCUGCGGUGUAA